AGACUAACCAGGAUUCGCCUUGCCUUCUUCUGCGUUGUCUUAUUAAAAAUAAACUUGUACAUAUCAUUACCAUUAUGCCAUCUACGUAGUCUUCGGAUACAGUUUGAGAGUUCCGUGAUUGCCAGUCUGUAGUACUACAACUACAUUACCCGUCGUCCCUUUCGCCACCGUUGUUCCGUAUUCGAAACUGCCAAACGCAAAAGACUAACCAGGAUUCGCCUUGCCUUCUUCUGCGUUGUCUUAUUAAAAUAUAAACUUUUACACAUUGUUUUAUAAUGGCGGACCUCAAGCCGUGUAAGGUGUGCAACUUUUCCCGACAGAAGUCAUACGGUUUGGUCGUCCCUUCUCUCGAGGAACUGAAGACAAAAGGUAUUGAGUUUCUCGGAUUCACACCAAGCGAGCCGGUCACAGUGGUCUUAGAAGACGAUGGGACAAUUGUCGAGGACCAGGCCUACUUUUUGUGUUUGCCCACCAACACAAAGUUCAUGCUGCUGCAUGAAAAGGAGACGUGGUCGCCCCUUCGCAGGCUGGAUGGCGGCACAGCGUGGAUGGCGAGGGAUUCAGUGAUUCUUGAGAGUGACGCGGUGGAUGCCGCACUUGCGGACGCACCUUGGUGGGACCUCGCCAUGCAGCUCAAGAAGGACCUAGCCAGCGUCAUCCUCAUGUCUGAGGAGGACUUACAGAGCUUGGUGAACGUUCCCUGCCCUGAGCUGGCUUCUGCUCUCGGCUUCCGAAAACAGAAGACAGAGAACCUCCAGGAAACAUUGCAGAGGGUUUUGGACCGUCGCGAGGAGGAGAGGCAAUCCAAAGAGUUGCUCCAACUCUUCCUCAAAGCAGUGGACAAAGAAGAGGAAUCGCAAGAAGAGCCAAGGCGGCCCAGCGAGGGAGGAGCGGAAGGUGUAGAUGCCGCUGAUGGGAUGGAGUUGGACCAAACACCUGAAUUUGUGCCCAGGACUUUAAUGGUCCUUAAAGGAAAAACCAGCCCAGAGACCCGACUCUGCACUGAAGAUCUUCAGAUGGUGGUGGCCAGAGGAGCUGGGGUCAUGCAGCAGGUGCUGGGUUGGGACAAAGCGAAGACGUCGACGCUGGUACAAGCCUGCGAAGCCGAGCUAAGCCGACGUCUUCAGCAGGUUCAGGCCGCGCAGUCCAUGAGGGGAAGCAUGCCGCAGGUGGACAGCGGGGAGCCGUCCAGCAAGAAGAAGGACAGAAAAGGAAGCGGCAACUAGGCCUGAGCACGGACUGAUAAGAACUCUCACUGACAGCCUAAGGGCCACUGGAAUGGGUUGACCCUGUGUUACUGAUCCUAUCUUUAAUGCUGGAUUAAGGUUGAUGUUUAUAUUGUGAAUAUUUUUGACUCUCAACAGAAGUAGAGGGCUACGCACAAGUUUCUAUCAACCUAUCUGACACACGGUCCUUUUUCUGAUGUUCAAUGAAAGGAACAUCACACAUUUAUGUGAAACUAAAUGUUGUCAUCUGUCCUCAUUCAGAGGUCAGUUCCUAAAUAAUUAUACUCCUUUUAUGUAUAAGGGUCACUACAUCUUUUAAGGUACCUACAAGAUUAUUAGUAAUAAUACUGUUGGAUUACAGGGGUACUGCUUCAGUGUGUAAUGCAUAUUGCCAUCAUUUAAGGGAGAAUAGCUAAAUAUACAGUACAUUCAGUUAUUAAAUGUUCAGUAGAAUAAAUCAAUUAUAUACUUUAGGAGAAAAAAUUAAAUGGUCUUUUUUUGCAUCGAGCUGGGAAAGGAGAAUUAUAUUUACAAAAAAAAGGACUAUACAGCACUUAAAAAGGCAAAGGUAAGGAAAACUAUUAAAAUUAUUUAAUAAAAUACAACUGACAACUAUCCUACAUGUGUCCGCACAAGUGAUUGAAGUUUAAAUUAAAUUGGCUUUAAUUAAUAAAUACUAAUGCUGUCAUUAUUCACAGUAAAAUUACUUACCUACAUAAUUUCAAUUAAAAAACAAUCAGGCUUUAAUUGGAAUUGCCCUGUGAGUGUACCCAAACCUUUCGCUGGAAGUCAGCUGGGAUAGGUUCCAGCUCGCAUGUGACUCAAAGUUGUCAACUCACUAAAUAAUAAAUUAAAGACAUCUUGUUGGCAGGGUCGACCUGAAUGUCUUCCCCCUUAUCGGCAUGGGAAAUGUAUUUUUUUUGCCCUGAAUUAAAUUAGAUGCAUGGUGUUUUGGAACAACACGAAUACAUGGGGAACACGUUGUUCAAUAAUUGUUUUAGUGCAAAAUAAAAAUAAUACCGGUCUAUUGGCCAAUGUGAUGGUGAGACAGACAAAUCAUAAAUGUUUUCAGAAUAAAAAUUAAAUAGCUAAAAAAAGUUUUUUCUGUUUUUAUUGUUUCAUUUAUUUCUUAUUUUUAAUCUUUUUAUUUGUAUAUUUUAUAUGUCCUUCAUGUGUUCUCUAUACAGUGUAGUGUCAUUGAUUUAGGAGUUAACUUACUAAUAUUUUAGGUGAGCAUUGUGCAACAAUAAAGUACUUUUUAUAUAUAGGUAGGCGUCUGCUGCUCCAUCUGUAACUCAGUUUGGGGGUCCUUGGUCUGCAAAACGUCGAUGGCCGCUACCAUACAGGGGGGAUUUUCACUUGUUUUAGCAUAAGAUUAUUAUAGAUAAUCAAGCAUACACACAAACACCAAUAUAAAUAGACUUCCUGAAACAGUCAAAAACAAACAAAAAAAGACCAAGGGCUCUAUUCUUAUGUUUAUGCUUAAAGUGUUGUUUUUUUUAGUUUUUGAAUUUACGCAAGUUUCUCUUAUCCGUAUUCUCCCAUCCAGACUGCGGACACACCCAACCCAGUAUGUCAGGCAAAAGUGCGUGAGUCGUGAAUUAAAGUUAACUGAUGGUCACACACACACUAUGUGUGGUGAAAUUACCCUCUGCAUUUGACCUAUCCCCUUGUUUCACCCCCUGGGAGGUGAGGGGAGCAGUGAGCAGCAGCGGUGGCCGUGCUCGGGAAUCUUUUUGGCGAUUCAACCCCUAAUUCCAACCCUUGAUGCUGAGUGCCAAGCAGGGAGGUAAGGGUCCCAUUUUUAUAGUCUUUGGUAUGACUCGGCCGGGGUUUGAACUCAGGCAGGCUCAUUACUACUGAGACGGGACUUUGCCCUGACGGCUUUUUUCUGCGGCUGUGUGAACGUGGAGUUGUACUAACACUUGUGAAUGUCAUCAAAAUCCAUGAAAAUGAGAACACUUUCAAUUUGAAAAGGCCGUGUCAAUCCAGGCAGUGCUUGCCAUGUAAAUGUAGUGUGUGUAUGCACGCUACAACAGCUUCUUCUUCCUGCCUGGAUGUUAAUAAUAAUUUGUGGACGAAACUUGGUUUCAUUUAUUAUUGCAACCCCCCUGAUGUUUUGAUAGUUAUUUCAGAGUACCAUUAUGGUCCUUUAUUGUUAUUAUAAAUGUGCCUGUUACUACAUUACAUAUAUACUUAGAUAAUGUACAAACAACAUUAAUGGAGGUGUUUGGAUGUUGUUUUUAAGGGCUUUAUAGGCAGAAUAGAGCAGCUCUCAUAAGCUCUAUUGUAAACUGACUUUUGAUCGUAUUUAUUUAAUAUUUAGAAUGCAUGAAAAAAAAUUCAUCCGUCAUCAUGACUUUCGUCUUUCCAAAAAAAGUGUAGUUCCCCUUUAAGUACAAGGGAGAAAAGGGUCAUACGUGUUAAACAUUCUGGCGCAUACGUGUAAACUAUACAGUCUGGUAGCACUCCUUUCCAUGUCUGCACCGAUUUUACCUAGAGUGACUCUGAUCAGGUCCUCUAAUAAACAACAGCCUUUUUAAAGCUGAAUAAAACAUACUUUUAUUCCAUGGCUUUUAACACUGAGUGAUAUCCAUCCUGCAAUGGCGCCCCAUAAUACACCUGCUGUGAACCUGUUUUUAUGUUUUUAUUUAUUCUAUUUUAUUUUUUUAUCGUGUUCUGUUUGUGUUGUGUUGUGUUUGCUCGGUACUCGUUUUAUCUUUUAACCUGCCCAUUGUACAGCACUUUGGCUACCGCUGUGGUAAAUUUUA